AAAUUGAGCUCGCUCGUAGGCGAAAAUGUGCAGUUUGCGCGUAUGUUUGGCGGUUCGUUGGACCCACUGCUGGUGGAACUAUUUGCAGAUAAUACGUCCGAGGUCAUUCCGUCACCAUCAACUCGAGAAAGAAUGGAUGUGUCCACACAGACCUACUCAUCUACAUCACCUUCUUUGCCUUCAGAUCUUGGUGAAAUGCAUGAGGAGGUACCGGCCUGUACGGAGCCAACACGUCCGGCUCCUGUACUACCUACAGUGAAUCCGCAGAUGUCGUACAACCCGUUUUAUUUCCCCGGACAGCAAUUUCAAAUGCAACAAGCGGUCAGCUAUGCGUCAUCGCAGAACUACACACAACCACCAUUUUUUGACUCGACCACAACACCGACACAGUUUCGAUUCAUGUAA